GUUCUGGACCCGACAGUAGGAGCAUAGUUUUACAUUAUACAAGGGACUUGUUCAGAUAGAAUCGCGCAAAGAUGGAGAUGAUCGAUUUCAUGAGCCAGUUUUUUUUUGUAAAAAUCCAGUUUAUUGUCCUUUGGGGUCGUGGACCCUAUGUUGGACUUAGCCCUUUACUCGGGAAGCUUGCUCCCGCUCCACUAUCGUUCAUGAGCCAGUUAAACUGCACAAAGGUACAUUGAAGCUCUGUGUGGUGCAUGCUGAGCCCUUUUUCCAUUAUUCCUCGUUUCUUAGUUACGUUGUUGGGGAACCAUUUAAAAUCCUGCAGGUUCGACCGAUGCUGAAUUUCAUAGGUUUGGUCUUUCUUCCUCGAGGUCUAUGACACGCUCGACCAGAUUGCAGCAAACGAUGCCGAAACCCAAGAAACCUCAAAGCCUCCUGCGCGAUGACUUCAGUUUCCCGACUUUCAGUGGCCUUCCGAAAGAACCCGAGAAAGAACUUAACCUCAAAUACCACGAUGCUUGCCUGUUCAAAUUCAAACCCAAAAAGCACUGGUGCUUUCUCGGCGAGAUUGUCGAUUCCGUCGGGCUCGAACGAGUUACGUUGCGCGUAAAGGAUAAGGACGGUCAGAUCGGUACCAUCAGGCUGUACACAGACGAUGGCGGAAAAGCGCUCGAUCCGCGGAUCGAGAAAGGACACACAGUUGCUGUACUGUAUGGCGAGCAACAUUGUUUCACAGACAUGUCCGUCGGCAUACGUGUCGAAGACGCCUCUAACAUCAAGAUCAUACCAUGCUCACUCGAGCAGCUCCUGAAGGCCAGCGAUGAUAUGGCUGUACUGCGCGAAGGCCAACCAACACAGUGCGGAUCUUGUGGCAAGGCUGACUGCAAGGCACUUGUUGGGGUACAGUGGUUCACGACAAGGAGAUGGGAAAAGUUUCAAGAAUGUUUUAGCUUCUGAUGCCUCACCCUGAUAAAUUACUGGCUUUCCGAGUUAUCCUAUAAUUAUCCCAGUCUCACUUUAUUGUAUCGUACUGCCCCAGUC